AGUCAUUCAAAAAUAUAUAUUCAAUAUAAUUUAUACACAGAUCUCUUAAAAGUCUAUAGAACCUACAUAGGUAUGAGUCAAUGCAAUCUAUUGAAUAUUUCAUGAAAGCGGAAACCAAUCAAAUGUUCCUCCUAAGCAACCCGACUGCGCAUGUCCCUAAUGCUAGGGCAACCUGAUCUUCAAACCAAUAAUCAUAAUUAUAAUGACUUCGUAGAAGAGAAAAAGUCGAUAGAGACAAGGAAGGAGGGGAUUCAUGGAGUUAAUCACAACAUGGGUAAAGCAAGGAGAAAUAAAUCCAAAGUGGAAUCCAAAGAAAAGAGGUCAGGACAUGAAACAAUGCAGAAGAUGUUAUCUCCCGCAAAUGAGGGAACUUCAACACUGCUGGAAAGCAAAAUCUCAAAGGAAAGAAAUGAAUUGACAGCAAGAAAUUAUGAUGAAUUACAAAAUCAAACAAAACUUGUUUCACUAAACUGGAGAUUUCGUUAUAUUGAGAUUUGUAAAUUCUCAAUAAGCGAUCCAGAACUAAAGAGAGAAUCAGAAAUACGUGAAAAGGUUUACUGCAGUGUCAAAAGUAGAGACUUUAAAGAAAUAGAACGAUUAAUAUGGACAGAACGGGUAUUAUCAUCACAGAGCAUAGGACAAAUUAUUCUGGAAAUAUUAGUAUUAUGGGAUGUUGCAUAUAAUGACCAAAUACAGAAAACUGGACAGAUAUCAGAAAAUACCAAAUGGAAACCUUUUUCUGAAAAGAGGAUGGACUUUCUGAAACGCUUGUUUGAGCUACUUGGCCAUGAACUGAAUUUGAAUGUCAAGGAUCACUAUGGACAUACCCUUCUGAUGUAUGCUCUACAUGAGAAGAACCUGGAUGUCAUUCAGUUACUGCUAGAUAAAGGAGCAAACAUAGAUGAACAGAGUACAGAUAAUGGGUCAACGGCACUUAUGAUGGCAGUCAAGAGAAAUCUCAACAAAUGUGUUGAUCUUCUGAUUGCAAAAAAAGCUAAUCUAGAUAUGCAAGACAAAUUGGGAAAAGCUGCAAUAAUGUGGUCAGCAGAAGAAUCAGAUAUAACAAGAAUAGAGGAACUUCUCAAUAAAGGUGCAGAUGUCAUGCAUGUUGAUAAUGAAGGAAAAAACAUCCUCAUGUAUUUAGCAGAAACCCCACAUGCAGAAUUGAUGAAAUGUAUUUUAGAGAAAGGAAUUGAUGUUAAUGCUAUAGAUAAAGAUGGCAAUACUGCUUUGAUGUAUGCAGCAUGGGCAAAUCAGAAAGCCUGCAUUGAUGAGUUAUGUUUCCUCAAAGCUGAUCCUGAAAUAAAAAACAAUAAGGGAGAAUCUGUCAAAUCAAUAUCUGAGAAAUCAGAGAACAAGAAUAUGUGGAAGCACAUCUCAUUUUCUCUUAAACCAAGCAAAGAAGAUUGGAUAUCUUCCUUCUUGAAAGCAAUACAAGAUGGGGACAAUAGUAAACUGAAGGCAUUAUUUGAGAGCAACGAAUCUAACGAGUUUAGCAAAAAUGAUUUUCCAGAGCUAUUUGGAGAAACCACAUUUACCUAUGCCUUGAGGAAUGGUAACAUGGACUGUGCAAAGAUACUUUUAGAGAAUGGAUAUGAUGUCAAUGAUCCAGGGUCAUAUGGAAAAACACCACUGGAAUGGGCUAUUGGGGCUAAUGAUUUAGACAGCAUAAAAUUUCUUUUAGAGAACAGUGCUGAUGCAAAUCUUAAUGGAAAAAAAUACAAACGACAAAAGGAAGAGGAAAAUCAACAAAAAGAAGGGGAAAAACAAGUGAAUAUUAUUAGGCAAAGGAUAGGCACGGAUGAAGGCUAUGACAGUUUAGAGCUUGACUGUUAUGAAACCCCACUAUGGGCAACAUUGAAUUUGGAUAGUGUGAACAUACUUGAACUUUUGCUGAACCAUAAAGCAGACCCAAAUAUCGAAAACAGUUUCAAACAAACACCUUUGAUACAAACUAUGAUGAUGAAGAAGUAUAACUUCAUGGAAGUCUUGCUCAAAUACAAAGCUGAUCCAAACAGAAAAGAUGAAAGUGGAGACACCCCAUUGAUCAUUGCAGCGAUUGAUGGGGACCACGAGGCAUUAGAACUCCUCCUACGUCACAAUGCAGAUAAAGAUGCAAAAGAUUCUGAUGGACAUACAGCGCUUUAUCAUGCCGAGGACAAGAAGAAGCAACAAUGUGUAGAGGUAUUGACAAACUGGAAAGUAACAGAUGAUGUGACUGAAUACGAAGCAGAAAAGAUCACAGACGCUUUCGAUGAUGAUGACUGUGACUUUCUCCUGAGCAUACCAGAGGUAGUAUCAUUUGGAGAUGAGUACUCUAUAUCAUCAAAUACAACUGUGUUAAAGAUAAAGCUUGAUGAUCAUACAGAAGAGGAAGUUAAAUACAAGAUCAAGAAUAGGCUUGAAAAGAAAUAUGUCUUUGAAUUUGAAACAAGCAGAGAAUCAGAGCUUGAGCUAGGAUCCUGGACACGUGGCUAUUUGGGCGAAUGUUCUGAAUCAAAAGGAACAUUAGGCUGUUUUAUCAAAUCUAAAGAUGGACAGGUAGAAACAUAUUAUGCACUCACCAACAAUAGGAACAGAUGGCUGGGUAUAUGCUCAUCCAGAGGAAAAAGAGCCUGUCCUGCUAGGUAAGCUCAAGUAUUACAUUGAUUUCAAGAAUGACAGAGAAAGGGGUAGGUAUGAUAUUGCAAUGAUUGAAGUAUUACCAAAUGUCACCGGUAAUUUCCUAAUACCUACAGAGCACACAUGUAAAUGUAAAAUAGUUGAGCCAAGAGAUAAUGUCUUUGUCAAAAAGAUUGGUCACAAGUCAAAACAGACAAGAGGACAGAUUAUAGGAACUUCAAUU